AUGACUGUGUCCGAAAACCCUACUCUCGCGUCCGCUGCCAAGUCCGAGCUGAAUGCGUUAUUCCAACGUAUCGUCUCUGUCUAUGUUCGCGAUGGUGACCGCGAAGUGAUCUCCAAGCACUACCAUGGCGUCCACGUGGAGUGGUCCCAAGUCGUCGAUGCUGCUGACGAAACCCACAGCUUUGGUGGCUACAAGCGUUGCUUAACUGCCUCUCCCUUUGUCGCUUGGGAAGUGGAGCGUGACGAUGGGUUGCGCCUCGGUGUGGUCACCAAAGGCGACGUCACUGACCCCUUCGACCUCUAUUUCAUCGGGUUGAUGUUGUCGAUUGCCUCUGUACCCACUGUUGCUUCAGUUGACGCCCAAACAGACGCUGUCGUUCGGAAGAUUGCUGAUCUCUAUGAGGUUCAGCUCAAGAACACUGCUCCCGGUGACAAAUGGGAUGUCGGUCGGGCUUAUUUCGAGCUGGUGGUGCGCCACUUUGUUGAACGGAAUCUCCCGGUUGAAGCAGUGCUUCCUGCCUUCCCUUGCAAGUCGCUGAACCGGGAUAAGGUUGCUGGCGGUUUACCCGAUAAAGGUGAAGAGUUGGCGCUUGAUCGCCUUGUUCAGUUCGUCAAGUCGGUUCGCGAGAUAUAUACGCCUGGCAUGAAGAUCUGGAUCGUGUCUGAUGGACACGUAUUUUCAGAUUGCAUUGGUGUUGACGAUGAGGACGUGGACGUCUAUUCUGAGGCGCUCAAAAAUCUCUACCAGGAGAUGGACGAAAGCGACGGGAUUGGGUUCCGGUCGUUGGUGGACUUGUUUGACCCCGAAGAAUUUGAUGAAUCGUUGGUGGAUCAAGUGGAAUUGCCCCACCACUUGAAGACGAACUUGGUGGCCAAGCUGGAAUUGUGCCGCAAGAUCUUGAUGAAGCUGUGUGACCUGGACUGCGGCGAGUUGCAAAGAGAUAUUGAUACCCCAGGCCACCCCCGCCUCGCGUUGUAUCGCGGGUUCCUGAAGUUUAUGACUGAAGACUUGGCCCAACACCCCAGUGUCACCGAUCUCUCUCGCAAACAGUUCAAGAAGGUGGUGCUGAGAGUAUCGUUUGAAAUGAUCAAACGCAACGAUGCCUACUCCAAUCUUGUGGAAUUGAUGUUCCCAUUCCACCUCCGGUUGUCGAUCCACUCUCACAACAACUCUGGUCCCAAAUUCGCAGUACGGUUGUUGAAGGAUUGCCUGGUGAUCAGACUGAUUGAAGACUUCAGACAGCCGGAAACGCUGGACCUCUUACACGUGCCCACCCCCUGGCACAAUGCCAUUGUCCAGUUUGAACACACCGAGAAAUUCUACGUGGUGAAAAGCUGUCACGUCCAUGAAGGUGUUGAACACGGGGUCGGGGUUGCCAGCUGGGAAGAAAAAGAACGCAUGUUCCGUUUCAAGUUGACCUAG